GUCGGUUCGGUGCACUAUCCACCGCUAGUCAAGAGGAACAUCAUCUGUUCUAACCUGCUGUUGUUGUCUGUGAAAGUGCUUGUUACACACUCAAGAUAUUAUUUCCAUCAUGUCGUCCACAACUACAACUACUACAUCUACAUCUAGGGCUGUUGACGCCAGCACGCUUUCCAUCCUCUCCGACUACGAGAUCCACCACACCGGCUCAGAGACCCAGCCUCAGCCCCGGGUUCCUCGUGAUGCUGUCCCUGUAUCCCAGCCUGUGGACUGGCCUUCGCACUAUAGACGUAUCCCUUCAUAUCGACCUGUGGAUCGGAACUUGAGCUACGAAGAGCGAUCGGCUGGGACGAGUCCCGUGGAGUAUAUGUUUAUCCAAACCAUGUUGCAUGGGGUGUGGUUGAAUGCGUCUGUUGCGCGUCUCUGGCGCUUUACUGGGGGAAGGAUUAACGAUAAGAUCUUCCAUUAUAAAGUUGGAGGAGAGUGGUGAUUUAGUAUAGCUUAUGUCUGAUCUCAUUAUUUUGCAAUAUAUCAACCGUUUGUACUAGUUAUCUGCUAUAUAAAUAACUUAUAUGCUACG